AUGGGGGAGCUUGUGUUUCGGGUGGACUCGUAUGACUACGAUUCUCACCACGUCAUGGGGAGGCGAGCUCCGGCGAGAGACGAGGUCGUCCUUCUGGGACCCUGCGGCGACUGUAUUCUCACCGUUCGCAGGAAGGUGAGUUGCUUACCGACUCCUUCGCCGUCUUAUCUUUUCCGGUUUCUACUAUUUCGCUCUCUUAAAUCUUCAUCAUUGGCAGGGCCAGCGGUUAGUGUUUACGAGCACGGUUAUAUAUUCUUCCGUCAUUUAAAAAAUUAAUUCCAGAUCGGGGAAGAAUCUGGGAUUUUAAAUUUUCUGGUUCGAUGAUGUAGUGGCGAGCCUGCACCAGAGAUGGGUGUUGGCUUCGCAAAGCUAGAUCCGCUCCAAGAACUUCCGGAUAAAGGAAGAAUCAAGAAGGAGAAAUCGUCGUAGGAGAGAAUGUUCCGCAUGUCAAUACGUCGAACACAGCCCAUUAUAUAGGGGAGCCAAUCGUCGUAGGAGAGAGAGAGCACGCAACUAACUCCUGACUGAGCUGGCUUGGUGUCCGAGGUGGCACCAUCCUCGCCGUUAUAACUCCUGAUGAUGGACGGCCCCCGAUCAAUCCUGCAAACAGAAAAUAAUCACCCGAAAGAAGGAAAACGCCCAAAUCAGUCUCGCCAGAGAAUUUGCCGGAGACGACAAUCCACGGCGGUGCACGAUGGGGCUGGAUCAAGCCCUUCAAUCUCCUCCUUGCUCCAGCUCCUCCAUAUGGACAUCCUUGAUCCCAGGCGCUCUCACAUCUCCACAAAUUUUAGUUUUCCCAGUGACUUGGUGAGGAUAUCUGUCAGCUGAUCCUCUGUCUUCACAUAGUCCACUGAGAUCUUCUUGUCUUCUACACACUGACGAAUAAAGUGAAAACGAAUGUCAAUGUGCUUCAUUCCGGUAUAAUGCACCGGAUUCUUGCUUAGGAUAAUGGUAGAUUUGUUAUCUACAAGGAGUUUCAUACUCCCCUCUUCUACUCUUCUUAAUUCGCUAAUGAGACGAUUUAGCCACACGCCCUGACAUGCAGUAGUAAGAGCAGCAAUAUACUCCACUUCACACGAAGAUAAGGCUACUGAAUUUUUCUUUUAUGAAGCCCAGUUAAUCACCAUUUUACCAAGGAAAAAGACCUGCCCUGAGGUGCUUUUCCUGUCUUGCACAACACUAGUAAAAUUGUUAUCACUGUAGCCAAUUAAUUUUGCCCCUGUCUGUCUUUUUUCAUAGACUAAAUCAUAGUGAAUAGUACCUUUUAGGUACCUCAAAACUCACUUGAUCGCCGUGAGAUGUUUUGAAGUAGGGUGCUCCAUAAACCUACUCAGAAAUCCCACAAAAUAUGUCAAAUCAGGAUGGGUGUGAGUCAAAUACCUUAAGCUUCCAAUGAGGCUUCGAAAGUAGGUAGAGUCAACUGAUGGCCCUGAAUUUGAUUGACUAAAUUUGACUCUAGCUUCAAGUGGAGCUUGCAUUGGAUUACAAUCGCCCAUCUUUGCAAAAUCCAGUAUUGUUAGCGCAUAAGUUCUCUAAAACAAAGUAAUGCAAGCUUCUUUUUGAACCAUUUCAAUGCCCAAAUAAGAGCAAAGGUGCCCGAUGUCACUCAUCUCAAAGAAAUGUUUUAUUUGACCUUUGAACUCACUAAUGUCACUAUCAUUCUCACCUAUGACAAUAAGAUCAUCCACAUAGACUUCGAUGAUCAAGUGAACUCUAUUUGAAGACUUCAAGUAGACAACUUACUCAUGUUUGCUUCUCUUGAAACCGAGUGAGACUAAGCAAUUAUGCAGUUUGAAAUACCAUACACGUGGGGCUUUCUUCAGCUUCAGAACACAACCCUUUUUAUCCUUCACAAUAAAUCCCUCAAGUUACUUGAGAUGUAGCUCUUCAUCCACAUCUCCAUUUAGAAAGGCAGAUUUCACAUCUAGAUGAUGUAAUGCCCAACUAUUUUGAGCUGAAAUUGUAAUCAGCACACAAAUUGUCUCAAAUUGAACCACUGGAGCAAAUAUCUCAUCAUAGUCUAUGCCUUGCUUCUUUAAGUAACCCUUUACAACAGGUCUUGCCUUGUGUCUCAAAACUUCUCCUCGAGCAUUCUUCUUGAGCUCAAAGAUCCACUUAAGCCCAAUUGGCCUGCAACUAGUUGGGGUUGUGACUAACUCCCAAGUUUGACUUUGAUCUAUAGCUUCCAUCUCAUCUCUCAUAGCCUUCCUCCAUGCUUCCUCUCAUGAAGCUUCAGCAUAGGUCACAAGCUCAUCACUAGAAAGCAAGCAAUGUCCCAUCUCAUAGCGUAUUGGGCCGGUCUCACUAUACAAUUUAGCUAAGGACUUGAAUCUUGCAGGUUGAAUUUCUUCAGAAUCCGAGUGUGCGACCGGAAAUGACUCUUAAGUCUCAGAGUCUCUCUCUUCAUCUUCAUCCUCGAGGACAAUUGGCUCAUCCAUCCCUUGGUCAGCAGAAAAAAUUAGGAAAAAAUGUGAGCUCAAGAAUAUUCUCACCUCUUUUUUCCCAAUUCCACUGAGCAUCUUCUUCAAAAACAACAUCUCGGCUGAUAUGGACUGUAUCGUUGACCGGGUCAAAGCAGCGGUAAGCCUUUGAGCUAACUUCAUAGCCUAUGAACACCAUAGGGGUGCUGCAAUCUUCAAGCUUUUUUUGUGGAGAUUUAGUGCAUUUCACAUGAACAAUUAAGCCAAACACUUGUAAAUGCUAAAUUGAGGGCUUUUUGCCAUUCCACUUGUCAUUAAGGGUCAACAUCUGCAGAUUGUGAGUAGACGACUGAUUAAGAAGAUAAACUACCGUACUUACAGCCUCUCCCCAUAAUUCUUGAGGUAGUGCUUUUUCCUUCAACAUGCUCCGGACUAAGGACAUAAUUGUCCAAUUCUUUCUUUACACAACUCCAUUUUGCUGUUGGGAGUAGGGGGCAGUCAACUGCCAUUUGAUGCCCUAAGAAGUACAAAAAGAAUUAAAUUCAUCAAAAUUAAAUUCUCUACCUUUGUCUAUCUAAAGACACUUGAGCUUUGUCCCCUUCUCAGCUUCAGCCAGCAUUUUGAACUUCUUAAAUUGACUAAAUGCUUCAAAUUUAUGCUUGAGCAUAGCCACCCACAUUAGCCUCGAGCAGUCAUCAACAAUGAGGAGGAAAUACUGGCUUCCCCCUAAUGUGGGUGGGCUAAUUGGGCCAUAGAUGUUCGCUAACACCAACUCAAGAGGUUCAGUAGCUCUGUAAGCAGAUGCUUUAAGGAAUGGAGUGCGAGAUUGCUUGCCUACUAAGCAACUUCGGCAGAUGUGAUCAAGUACCCUAAUCAGUGGAAGUCCCUCCACUAGUGCUCUACUCGACAUUUCCCUUAAUGAAUGAAAAGUCAAAUGGCCAAACCUUCGGUGCCACAGUCGACUUGAAUUCUCAUCCUCUUUAGUGAGUAAACACUCUUCUUCCAUUUUGAGCUUGAGUAAAUAGAGCCACCCUUCCGUGCGAUGAACUUCUGCUAGGAGUGCUCCAUCCUAGUCAUAAAUGGUCAAGCGUCCCCCAUGCGUGAUCAUCUUGCAUCCUUCAUCAAGUCUGCCCAGACUGAGAAUAUUAGCACAUAAUUUAGGGACAAAGAGAACAUUACCAAAGUGAAUUUGCUCCCCAUCUUACCGAAGAACCACCACAUUGUCUCAGCAAUGGAUUUUCACAUGGAAAUUGUCCCUAAAUCUGACAAAGCCAGAUGUUGUUUCAUCUAGAUUCGUGAAGAAACUUCUCCUCCUAGUCAUGUGGUUUGUGGCCCCAGUGUCAAGUUAUCACAAGUCUAGAUUGCUGAGAUCACCCUUGGAGCCUUGAAGGAGGAAGUCACUCUGUGCAUCUUCAAUUGCCAUCAGAAGAGAUGACGUAGCAGCAGGGGCAGAAGGAGUGCUUACCACUGCCGAGGCUGAGUCCACCACAUAAGCCCAGACUUCUUUCUCUUUCUUAGCACUUCUGCAUUCAUAUGCAAAGUGGCCGAACUUCUGAAAGUUAUAGCAUUGAAUUGCCGACUUGUUGAAAGUCUUCUUAUCUUCUUCUGGAGGCUGAUUUUGUCCUCGGCCUCUGCCUCUGCCUCGCCCCGCGGCUGCAAUGACGGCCUCUUCCAUGAGAUGAGGACUCCUCCUCACUCGUUAGUUUCGCUUUGCUCAUCGCCUUGGCCAAUGAUGCCUACUCUUCUUCAUGAGAUUCCCGUUCCUUGAGCUGCAGCUCAUGAACAGUGAGAGAGCCAAUUACCUUGUCAAGGCUCACCUUGUCCAAAUCACUAUACUGCUCUAGUGGCAAGGUAAGUGUGUCGAAUUUCGAAGGCAUCACCCUCAGAAAAUGCUGCACAAUCUCUCGCUCUUCCAUCGCCUCUCCCAAAUUCCGCAAUUUGGAAACGAUUUGCGUGAAUUUCAUCGUGAAAUCCACAAUUGAGUCAGUCUUGGCCAUAUGAAAAGCAACUCAAAUUCUCGUUUCAAUCCUUGAAUGUGAGACUGAAUCACUCGGUCCAUGCCGAGGUUCCAUUGCCGUAGAAUCUCCCAAUUUUCUUUCGCCGUCUUCUUGGCGUCAAGAAUUGUCAGCAGGUCUUCUGAAACCGCACUGAUGAUUGUCGAUAAUACCAAGUGAUCUUUAUUUUUCGAGAUGUUCUCCCCAACGAUUGCCUGCCAAGGUCAUGAGACUCUAAAUAUUCCUCCAUAGACAUCGACCACACUCUGUAUUUGGUCUUUGAGAACUUGAGGGAUGGCACCAGCGCCACCAUCUCUCCCCCACGCUUGCCUGAGGUGCUCGCCUCACCUGUCUUCUCGGCCAUCUUCUUGAUCUCGUGGAGUCGAGUGGCUCUGAUACCACUUGUUGGCUUCGCAAAACUAGAUCCGCUCCAAGAACUUCCGGAUAAAGAAAAAAUCAAGAAGGAGAAAUCGUCGUAGGAGAGAAUGUUCCGCAUGUCAAUACGUCGAACACAGCCCCUUAUAUCGGGGAGCCAAUCGUCGUAGGAGAGAGAGAGCACGCAACUAACUCCUUGCUGAGCUAGCUUGGUGUCCGAGGUGGCACCAUCCUCGCCGUUAUAACUCCUGAUGAUGGACUGCCCGAUCAAUCCUGCAAACAGAAAAUAAUCACCCGGAAGAAGUAAAACGCCCAAAUCAGUCUCGCCAGAGAAUUUGCCGGAGACGGCAAUCCACGGCGGUGGUGGGGCUGGAUCAAGCCCCUUCAAUGGGAAGGGCUACUGGGGGAAAAGGUGGACGGGGAAGGCGCUCAAUCGUCGGGAACUCCGCUGGGAUCUUCGUGGAGGUCUACGGAAUCGGAGGAACGGGACACCGCGAGACGAGUGGAAGGCUCCUUCUCCCAGAGGUGCUGCACAGUCUACGACGCCCACUCUGAGAAAGGUAGCACGCUCGGGGAAGCUGAGGAAGGCAGCGCCGCGGUGGUGGCGGAGAUCAGGAGGAAAGUGGUGUCUUCAGCUUCAUCGGCGGCAGACGUGAUGUCCGACAGCAUGGUACUUGGUAGGGACGUGUUUUGCCUGCGGCUGGCUCCGGGGUUCGAUGCCGCCUUCUCGAUGGGACUAGUCCUCGUGCUUGACCAGAUCACGGGCGACAAACAAUAA